AUGCUGGGCUUUUUCAUUCUUGUUUGUAUUUUUGUCUGCCUCGUCUUCCUCUUCAUCAGGAUCCAGAGGCCCAAGAACUUUCCUCCUGGACCCCGGCCAGUGCCCAUAUUCGGGAACCUGUUUCAGCUGAACAUUGUAAACCCUUUGAAAGACUUUGAGAGGUUGGCUCAGCGCUAUGGGAACAUUUACAGCCUGUACAUUGGAGGAACACCAGCAGUGGUCCUUACUGGUUUGAAGGCUGUAAAGGAAGCUCUGGUGAUCAAAGCUGCAGAUUUCUCGGGACGACCACAAAACCUCCUGGUCAGCCACACAGCAGAAAGGAAAGGUAUUGUAUUUCUUGAUUAUGAUCCUGUAUGGAGGGAGCAUCGGCGCUUUUCCCUUAUGACCCUGAGGAACUUUGGCAUGGGGAAGCAGUCAAUGGAGGACAGGAUUCUGGGAGAGACUGAGCAUCUUGUUGCACUUUUGGAGAAAAGUGCUGGUGGUCCCAUGGAUCCUCAGACCUUAUUUCAUGAUGCUGCAUCAAAUAUAAUCUACCUAGUUUUAUUUGGCGUGCGUUAUGACUAUGGGGACGAGAGACUCAAGCAGUUCAUCCCUCUAUUUACUGAAAGUGCAAAGAUCGCCAAUGGACCCUGGGGAAUGAUCUAUGAUACACUUCCUGUGGUGAGAAACCUGCCCCUUCCCUUUAAGAGGUCUUUUACAAUUGUCAGAAUAAUGAAACAGAUGGUAGCAAAGAUGGUCAACGAGCACAAGACAACAAGAGUACCAGAAGAGCCGAGAGACUUUGUCGACUGCUACCUGGAUGAGAUUGAUAAGAGAGGAGAUGAUGAUUCCUCUUUUACCGAGUCUCAGCUUUUGAUGUAUGUUCUGGAGCUGCACUUUGCCGGGACAGAAACCACGUCCAGCACUCUCCUUACAGUGUUCCUCUACCUCACAACGUAUCCAGAUGUCCAAGAGAGAUGCCAGCAGGAGAUUGAUGAGGUUCUGGAGGGUAACGCUCACGCCUCUUUUGAGGACAGACACAAGAUGCCGUACACGCAGGCUGUGAUCCACGAGUGUCAGCGUAUCGCCAAUACUGUCCCUUUAAGUUUGUUCCACUGCACCAGCAGAGAUACUGAACUGAUGGGCUACAGCAUCCCAAAGGGUACUCUCAUCAUCCCCAACCUCUCCUCAGUGCUGAGUGAGGAAGGCCAGUGGAAGUUUCCUCAUGAGUUCAAUCCAGCUAACUUCCUGAAUGAGCAGGGACGGUUUGAGAAGCCGGAGGCCUUCAUACCUUUUUCUGCUGGGCCUCGUAUGUGUCUUGGUGAAGGUCUGGCUCGAAUGGAGCUCUUCCUCAUCUUGGUCACUCUGCUGCGCCGGUUUCAGUUCUUCUGGCCUGAAGAUGCAGGAGAACCAGACUUCACUCCUGUAUAUGGAAUCACACUCACACCCAAACCAUACAGGAUGGGAGUCAGACUGAGACAGCCAGCCUGA